AUGGCGCAGAAUACGACGUCGUUUUCAACCCCGGAAACCUAUUGGGGCCAAUUUGAGGAAAUUUCCAAAUAUAACACCCAUCUCAAUGUCGUGGAACGGCUCUGGACGGCAUGGUACGCCUGGAUGCAGAACGAUGUUCUUGCGACAGGUAUCAUGUCCUUCAUGAUGCAUGAACUUGUCUAUUUUGGACGAUCGCUGCCAUGGAUCUUCAUAGACAGCCUGGGCUUUUUCAAGGGUUAUAAGAUUCAAAGUAGCAAAGUUCCGUCCUUGCGCGAACAGUGGGACUGUGCGAAGUUCGUGCUUUUAAGCCAUUUCACCGUCGAGUUGCCUCAAAUCUGGCUUUUCCAUCCCAUGGCCCAAUUCUUCGGCCUCUCAACUUCUGUCCCAUUUCCUUCGAUUUGGACCAUGGCUUACCAGAUCGCUAUAUUCUUUGUCCUUGAAGACACGUGGCACUAUUUUUCUCACCGCGCUCUCCACUGGGGACCACUUUACAAAGGCAUCCACAAGAUUCACCACCAGUACUCAGCGCCCUUUGGUAUGGCUGCUGAGUACGCCUCGCCUAUUGAAGUCAUGAUCCUAGGAUUUGGCACGGUUGGCUGUCCCAUUCUGUGGUGUGCGAUGACUGGGGACUUGCAUAUUUUCACCAUGUACAUCUGGAUUGUCUUGCGGCUGUUCCAGGCAAUAGAUGCACACAGUGGCUAUGAAUUCCCUUGGAGUCUCCACCAUUUCCUCCCCUUCUGGGCUGGGGCCGAUCACCAUGAUCUCCAUCAUGAGAAGUUCGUUGGCAAUUACUCCAGCAGCUUCAGGUGGUGGGACUACAUGUUGGAUACUGAGUAUUCUCCGGAGGCGAUCAAGCGCAGAAGACAAACAAAACUUGCUGGGGAUAUGAAGAAGGGCCAAUGAUGCGAUUGCUACUUGCGCUCAUGUGCAGACAUUCAUCUGAAGCCCUUGGGCACUGCAACUCAAGCAGCUGUUCAAUCUGAAUACAGAUUUUAUCAUCAUGCGAAAGCUGCAAUACCUUGAGGGCUUCUAAUUCAUUUCACUUAAUACCGUUGAGAGGAAACUCGUAUAGACUUAUCUUUUAAUUAUGCUUCUGAAUGAUAAAUUUUGCAAAUGCAUUGAAUAGCUGACAUGUUGGACGCAUAUCUUCGUGACUAGAAUAAACUGUUCC